AUGAGAGGUUGUAGUGCCGUAUUUCUGCUUCUUCAUGCUUGUACACAUCCAUAUUUACUUGAUGCACCACAAGAUGCAAAUGCAGAAUUAAUUAUUAAUGAAGAAUUAAUAACAAAUAGCGGACAAUUUAUUUUAUUAGAUAAAAUGCUUGUAAAAUUAAGUAAAACAAAUUAUAAAGUUUUGAUCUUUUCAAUAUUGAUGACUUUUCUUGACGUACUUGAAGCAAUAUGUGAACAUCAAAAUUAUGAUUAUAUAAUAUUUGAUGGUAAUAAAAAUUUUGAAGAAAGAAUUGAUGCUAAUCCAAUGAUUGAUAUUCAAGAACAAGAUCGUGCUUAUUGUAUAGGACAAACAAAACUAGUUGUUGUUUAUCGAUUUAUUGUUCGAAAUACAAUUGAUGAACAUGUAUCUCGAGAAGAAAGCAUCCGUUUUGACUAG